ACACAUCUCCUCUUCUCUAGGCUCGCUCAGCUGCGCCGCCAUGACGAAACUCCUGCAGUGGCUGUGGACUCUGUCUAUCCUGGGCGCCGUCUGGGCGGCUCUCACUCUCAACCUUUUGGGGCUCGACCCCCUGCCCCCAGCCUGGCACCAAGUGCUGUGGCCCCUGCCCACCUACCUGCUGGUGGCCUUUGGCUGCUACUCCCUGGGCGUCGUCGGGUACCGCUUGGCCACCUUCAACGACUGCGAGGAGGCGGCGCAAGAGUUGCAGGAGCAGAUCCGAGAGGCCCGGGAAGACCUCUCCCGCCGCGGACUGCGGUUCUGACCCUCCCUGCCGCAAGGACUUGAGCACAGCACCCCGGUGGAAAGAAGCACCCCGUCUGGAGCAAUAAAUAAAAUUUCAGAGAACAUGA